UUCUUUUUUUAUAUAUAUAUAUUUUUGGCCGAACUGGUACAAACUCCGGGAUAAAAAGACAUAACAAAAACAAAGACUCACUAAGUGAAGAUCUGGCAACCAAGGGAAAUCAAAAGCAAGCGAUAAUGGAAAGAGACUUGAUCGCAGCUUCUUCUUCUGUAUCGAUGCCUUUAUGUGUCUUCCCAUCAAGUGCUCUGGAAUCCAAUAAGUAAAGUGAGUUCAAGGGUCCUAAUUCUACUGUAGCCAUCGCCAUCUCCAUCACCAACCUUCGUCCAGACUCGAACGGUAAGAGAGAGAACUAUAUUCUAGCAAACACGCUGAAACUAAAUAUGUGUUUAAACAAGAGUUGAAACAGAGCAUCUAAGCUAGCCUCUUCUAAACCAAGUUUUUCCCGACAAUGGCUUCCUCAUCUGCAUCUCGUGCAUCCAACUAUGAUGUCUUCCUCAGUUUCCGAGGGGAAGAUACUCGACAUUCUAUAGUUAGCCAUUUGUACGCAGCACUUGCUAGCAGAGGAAUUGCUACCUUCAAAGACGACAAAAGGCUUGAGCUAGGCGAUCACAUUACUGAAGAACUCCACAGAGCCAUCGAAGGUUCAGAUUUCGUUGUCGUGGUUCUCUCAGAGAACUACCCUACUUCCAGGUGGUGCUUAAUGGAGCUCCAAAUGAUAAUGAAGCUUCAGGUGGAGGGAAGAAUUGGUGUCUUUCCCGUCUUCUAUAGAGUAGACCCCUCUGACGUGAGGCAUCAGCAAGGAAGUUUCGAUCUAGAAGGAUACGAACGUGAUCUACAAAUGGCAGAUAAGGUUCCCAAGUGGAGAGAAGCUCUUAAAAUGAUCGCCGAUCUUUCAGGCGUGGCAUCCGGACAGUGCAUUGAUGAGGCAACUAUGGUUCGAAAAAUUGUCGAAGAUAUUUCAAAGCGCAAGGCGAUGAUGCAAAAGAUAGACUUCAGAAAUAUUGUUGGGGUAGAUACUCACAUGGAAGGUCUCAAGUCUCUCUUGGAGAUGGACUCCGAUAAUGAUGAGGUUCGUAUGAUUGGAAUAUGGGGCAUGGGAGGCAUUGGCAAAACCACCAUCGCCAAGUGUCUCUAUGACCAGCUCUCAUCCCAUUUUACAACCAGGUAUUUCACAGAAGACAUCAAGGGUAUUUAUAAAGACAUUGAUCUACUGCAUUUGCAAAACAAACUUCUUUACAAUACCCUUGAUGAUGAUAUUACGCCGUGGAGUGUGGAAGCUGGACGCGAGGUCAUAGCGGCAAGACUUGGGAACCACAAGGUUCUUCUUGUGCUAGAUGGUGUGGAUAAUUUGGUGCAGAUCCAUGCUCUGGCAAAAGAGACACGAUGGUUUGGUCAUGGGAGCCGAAUCAUCAUAACCACCCGAGACAGGGGCUUACUCAAUAGUUGUGGAGUAAAAGCCAUUUAUGAGGUUAAGUGUUUAGACGAUAUGGAUUCCCUGCAGAUGUUUAAACAGAUUGCUUUUGAAGGAGGUAGUCCUUCUUCUGUUGAAUUUGACCAUCUCUCAAUCCGGGCAGCUCGACUUGCUCACGGGCUUCCUUCUGCAAUUCAAGCUUAUGCCUUCUUUCUCCGUGGAAGAGCCAACUCUCCUGAGGAAUUGGAAGAAGCAGUGUGUGGACUUGAAUGUACUCCUGACGAGAAUAUAACAGAAAUCUUGAAAAUUAGCUACGAGGGCUUAGCAAAAGCACAUCAGAAUGCUUUUCUUCAUGUUGCAUGUCUCUUUAAUGGAGACACUUUCAGGCGAGUCACUUCACUACUUGCUAUUAGCACACUUGAAAGUAACUUGUGGAUGAGAGUUUUAGCAGAGAAAUCUCUCAUUGAUAUAACAAGUAAUGGAUAUGUAAUCCUGCAUAAGUUGGUUGAACAGAUGGGAAGGGAAAUUAUGCUUGACAGUGGAAAAUUCAUCGGGGAUCCAGAGAAAAUACAUGACACACUCGAUUACAGAGAAGGAAUUGGCCAAAUUGAAAGCAUUUCCCUACACACAUGUGAAAUGACAAGUGCAUUUUCGAUGGAGACUGGUGUUUUUGGUAAAAUGUAUAAACUUAGGUUUGUCAAGGUCUACAAGCAUGUUAACGACGGAGAAUCGAGGCUGCAGGUGAUUCCUGGCGAUCAUUGCCCUUCCAUGAAUUGUAGUUUACUCCACUGGGAUGCAUUUCCAUUGAGCACAUUGCCUCUCAACUUUAAUACACUUGGUCUUGUGGAACUCAAUCUGCGUCACAGCAACCUAGAAACACUCUGGAGUGGAGCACUGAGGUUCAGUAAUUUGAAGAAACUGGAUGUGACGGGAUCUAAGAAUCUCAAAGAACUUCCAGAUCUUUCAAUGUGCCAGAAGCUUAACGAGCUGAUGCUAAAACAAUGCAAGCGACUAAAAGGAAUUCCAGAGUCGAUUGGAGAAAGGUCUACCCUAAGCACGCUUACUCUAUCAUACUACGGUGGGCCUAAGAGUCCCUUGGGUGUUGUUAUAGGGAAUGUGUCUCAGAUGCAACGUAUUACACUGGAGUUCCCAACUGCAAGAGUGGAAAUGCAACAUAUGAAUAUGUCGAUCACAGGAGACAUAAAAUUUCGUGUUUUUGCAGAUUGUGAAGGAUACGCUGAAUACUUCUACUUUAGCUCUGAGCAAAAGAUCCAUGGUACAAAGACAGUAAGUGUCCACCAAGCUCCUCGACUCACCUCCGUGUUCAACAAAUCUACUUCGCUCAAUAUCAGGAGGUUCAGCUACAAAGAGAACAGGAAACCUGUCACCACCGUUCACAGUUUUCCAUAUAUAGCUGGCCUGGAAGAGCUAAAACUAGUCAACUUAAACAUCCAAAAGCUGUCAGAUGCGAUUGGUCACUUUGAAUUCUUAGAAAUAUUGGACUUCAGCGGAAAUGAUUUUGACAGGUUACCAGAAGAUAUGAAUAAACUUUCCCGGUUGAAAACUCUGUGUCUUCGAGACUGCAGCAAACUUAAGGAAUUGCCAGAGCUAACUCAGGUGCAGUCACUCACUCUUACCAACUGUAGGAGCCUCAAAACAUUGGUGAAACCCUCUGAUGCAAGUCAAGAUCCGAGAAAAUACUGUUUGCUUGAACUUUGCCUUGACAAUUGCAAGAACGUGAUGCCAUUAUCAGACCAGCUAAGUCAUUUCACCAAGUUGACAUAUUUAGAUCUCAGCAGCCAUGACUUUAAGACUCUGCCAGCAAGCAUCAGAGAUCUCACCUCAUUGGUAACCAUCUGCCUCAAUAACUGCAAGAAACUCAAAUCACUGGAAGAACUUCCACCGAGCCUUCAGUUUCUCGAUGCACAGGGUUGUGAUUCAUUUGAAGCUGAUGCUUUAGAACAUUUUAAAGGGAGACUAAACAAAGAGGUACCAGCACAGCCGCAGAUUGCCAGCUUCCAAGAAACUGAGAUGCCGGGUUAUGAACACGACCACCAAUCAACAAAGAUUCGUCUGCCCAAGUUCCUAUGUUGCUCACAUUUCUAGUCAUUCCUACAUGCCACUCUUUAUAAUUGUUAUUUUCAAUUUGAUCCCGUGGGAACAGCUAGGUUUAUGAGUUUGUAAAAAUAUCUUUAUGAAGAGAUUUUUCACCAAUAUGAUACCCAUGUCAGCAAGAUCUGCUUGAAGGACCUCGCAGAGGUGUUUAUAACCGCAAUGUAACACAAGAAAUUCUUAAUAAAAAAAUAUUCCAGAUAUUAGUAACACUAGCCUCCCUCAAUAUUUAUCAUAUAUGUGUUCAAGCUAUGUUAUUAACUUUUCAUAAGACAACUCUACUUCAGACAUAUCUACUCAACCAUCUCUUUUUCAACCAUUGCUAGCAUCUAUUUUUCUGCUAACUAACCAAUAAUGGAAAAGAAAAGAGAGAGUUGAA